AUGGCAGAUCAAAACUCAGUUAAAGUAAUUGAGAUUUGCAGGGUAGCUCCACAACCACAGGCCCAACAAGUUCCAUCACAUACAGACACACAAGAGUUCCUUCAUGAGCUAACGUUCUUUGAUCUAUUAUGGGUAAGAUUUCGACCUUCUCAACGCAUAUUCUUCUAUGAAUUGCCUCCUUCCUCUCACUCCACACCGCUCUUCUUUGAUUCCAUACUUCCAAAACUCAAAGCCUCGCUCUCUCUCACCCUCCAACACUUCCUUCCUCUAGCAGGAAACCUCACUUGGCCUCAAAGUUCCCACAAACCCAUUCUCAAUUAUGUCCGAGGCGACACCGUUUCACUCACAAUAGCCCAGUACUCCAAUCAUCAUGCUGAUUAUUUCAACCAUCUUUCAAGUGGUAGUGAAUUUGUUGAGGCCAGAGAAUACCAUCCUUUUGUGCCCAAAUUGGCAAUAUCUCAUGAAAAAGCCGCAGCAAUGGCCGUGCAAAUCACUCACUUUCCUAACCUUGGAUUUUCAAUCGGAACAUCCAUGCACCAUGCAGUCCUAGAUGGAAAAAGUUCAACCCUGUUUUUUAAAUCAUGGGCUCACCUCUGUAAACAUGGAGGAUUUUCAGCAUCUUCAUCGAACCAGUUGCCGGAUCAGCUAAAACCAUUUUAUGGAAAAAUGGUUAUAAACGACAGAGCUGGGCUCGAGCCAAUUUUCUUGAACCAAUUUCUGAAUUCGGACCGACCCAACAACAGAAGUUUGAUGUGCACCAUUUUCAGAGCUCCAUUGCCACCAGACUUUGUCAGAGGCACUUUUGAAUUUACAAGCACAAAGAUAGAAGCAUUAAGGUACUUGGUGAUAAAGAAGAAACAACAACAAUAUCAAUCGCUUCAUUUGUCAACGUUUUCUCUCACAUGUGCCUACGCAUGGGUUUGUUUAGCCAAGACAGAGGAAAUAGAAGGUGACAAAAUAGUUAUGAUCUUUAGCGUUGACUGUAGGUCCCGCUUGGACCCUCCUCUACCUUCAAACUAUUUUGGGAACUGCCUAGCGGGCCGUGCAGUAGUUGCAGAGAGAAAAGGCCUAUUAGGAGAAGAUGGGUUGGUUUUGGCUGUAAAUGCAAUCACUGAAGUCAUAAAAGGUUUGGAUAAGGGGCUGUUGAAUGGUGCAGAGAAUUGGAUUUCAACUUUAUACCGUGAUAUGCAAAGCACAGAUGUUAGAGUGCUUACCAUUGUUGGCUCAAAUCGGUUUCAGCUUUAUGAUACUGAUUUUGGAUGGGGAAGACCAAAGAGAACAGAAGUCGCGUCUAUAGAUAAAUCGGGGCCGAUCUCUUUAUCAGAUAGCAAGAAUGGUGGUGGAGGUGUUGAGAUUGGGUUGGUUUUAAAAAAACAAUAUAUGGAUGCUUUUGCUGCUCUGCUUGCUAAAGACCUGUGA